CGGAAGUUCCGAAGCUCGACACCUUCGCCGACCCGACACCAACCGGCGACAGCACAAAUCGCUCACCAUUCGCAAAGCAAGCCACACCGACGUUUUUGCACUCUGAACCAAUCAGACCCGUUCGCCUCUAAUUUCCGUGGCAGAGACUCCAUGCGCUGAAAACCCGCAAUCACCACGUUUCAAUCCCGCACAAAUCGCGCCAAACUCGACUUGUCUUGCAAGACCGCAGUAGCCCAGUGCCAGAGGAAGAUGUCGGCCCGUCUUUCUUCACAAUGUCUUCAAACCCAAGACUCAUGAUGGCCUCGGGCCGCCUACAACGGGCCAAGAUGGUGCCCUUUCUCCGUCUGCGACCCAUCCGCGCCUCCCACUACCCCUGGACACCCCGAACCGGAGGGUUGAACGGCGCCGUCGCUUCCUCCUCACUACGCGCCGUCUUCCACACCACCGCCCUCCGUAGCUAUGGACCGCGAACACCGAACGUCGGAACGAGUCCGCCCUCGACAGGUCAGAAGACCGCCCUGCCGCCACAUCAAGACCCGCUCGCGGCCAUCGACAAGACCGCGCAGGAGCAGCGCAAGGCGGAUUGGGCAAUCAUGAAAGAGAUGUCGCGAUAUCUGUGGCCAAAAGACAGUUGGGGGGACAAGAUGCGCGUGCUGCUAGCCGUGGCUCUGCUGGUCGGCGGCAAGGUCUUGAACGUGCAGGUGCCCUUCUACUUUCGCGAAAUUGUCGACUCCCUCAACGUCGACAUUGCCGCGACGGGCGGCACCGUCGCAACCGUGGCGGGCACCAUGAUAUUUGCAUACGGCGCGGCCAGGAUAGGCGCUGUCGUGUCGCAGGAGUUGCGGAAUGCCGUGUUCUCAUCGGUUGCGCAAAAGGCGAUUCGCCGGGUCGCGACAAGGACGUUUGGGCACCUCCUGAAUCUCGAUCUCAAUUUCCACCUGUCCAAGCAGACGGGUGGCUUGACACGCGCCAUUGACCGCGGUACCAAGGGUAUCAGUUUCCUGCUGACAAGCAUGGUGUUCCACAUCGUGCCGACCGCUCUGGAAAUCAGCAUGGUGUGCGGCAUCCUGACCUACCAGUUUGGCUGGGAGUUCGCUGCCAUCACAGCGCUCACCAUGACGGCAUACACAGCAUUCACCAUCUGGACGACGGCAUGGCGGACAAAGUUCCGUCGGCAGGCCAACGCCGCCGACAACAAGGCGUCCACUGUCGCCGUGGACUCGCUCAUCAACUACGAAGCCGUCAAGUACUUCAACAAUGAAAAGUACGAGAUCGGCCGCUACGACAAGGCCUUGCAGCAGUAUGAGAAGAGCUCCAUCAAGGUGGCCACCUCGCUGGCGUUCCUCAACAGCGGCCAAAACAUAAUCUUCUCCUCGGCGCUCACGGUCAUGAUGUGGCUCGGCGCUCAGGGCAUCGUCGGGGGCACAUUGUCAGUCGGCGACCUGGUCCUGAUCAACCAGCUCGUCUUCCAACUCUCAGUCCCGCUCAAUUUCCUCGGCUCCGUUUACCGCGAGCUGCGCCAAUCUCUCCUCGACAUGGAGACCCUCUUCAACCUGCAAAAGGUCAACGUCUCCAUCAAGGAGAAGCCCAACGCAGCGCCGCUUGUCCUGCCCAAGGGCGGCGAGAUCCGCUUCGAGAACGUCUCGUUCGGCUACUACCCCGACCGGCCCAUCCUCAACAACCUCUCCGUGACCAUCCCCGCCGGCAAGAAGGUCGCCGUGGUCGGCCCUUCGGGCUGCGGCAAGUCGACCCUCCUCCGCCUGCUCUUCCGUUCCUACGAUCCCCAAUCUGGCCGCAUCUUUAUCGACGACCAAGACAUCCGCGACGUGCCGCUCGACUCGCUUCGCCGUGCCAUCGGUGUAGUUCCCCAGGACACGCCGCUUUUCAAUGACACGGUCGAGCUCAACAUCCGCUACGGCAACCUCGACGCGCCGCCCGAGAAGGUCGUCGAGGCCGCCCGCCGCGCCCAUAUCCACGACAAGAUCGAGUCGUGGCCGCACGGGUAUCAGACCAAGGUCGGCGAGCGCGGGCUGAUGAUUUCAGGAGGCGAGAAGCAGCGGCUGGCCGUGUCGCGGCUUGUGCUCAAAGACCCACCCCUGCUCUUCUUUGACGAGGCCACGAGCGCGCUGGAUACGCAUACCGAGCAGGCGCUCAUGGCGAAUAUCAAUGAGGUGCUCAGGGAGAAGCAGAGGACGAGCGUAUUUGUGGCGCACCGGCUGAGGACGAUCUAUGAUGCUGAUGUCAUUAUUGUGCUCAAGGAAGGGCGGGUCGUCGAGAUGGGCAGUCAUCGCGAGCUGAUGGAGCGGAAUGGCUUGUAUGCUGAGCUGUGGAUGGCGCAGGAGAUGUUGAUGCAGGAUAUGGAUAUUGGGAGUGGCCCACAAGGGCGAGGAGGAGAGCGUGAGGGAGUAGAGAGGAGUUAAAGGGAUAUGGAUGAUACAGUCAACCGAUAAAGGGGGGAUGGUUGCGAACCUGCGCCGUGGGAUGUUGUUGACAAAGGACGGUUUUGUGUAUACACUUGUAUCGUCAUAUGCAGACACAAACAUGCUCGGUUUUCAUUUA